AUGCCCGCCGUAUCUCUCUUGAAACUUCUUAAAAGUGUUCAAGAAAAUUGUAAAAAAUAUGAUGCUCUUCAAACACAAAUUGCGCAGAAACUUGCUGAAAAUAAGAAUUCUCAAGUCAGUGUUUCUGGUGAUGUUGACAGCCUUAAACAGCAAGUUGAAGAGCUUCAAAAAGAAAUUUUCUCACAAAGUUCCACGCUUACAACGCAAAUUAACAUUGUAAUUCCCGCCGUUCAAAGUAAAAUUGAUGACCUUGACUCUAAGAAAAAUGAAGUUGAUGACCUUCAGUCUCAAGUGAAUGAGCUUAAAAAGAAAAUUGAGGAGGGGAAUAAAGCUCUUGUAAAACCGCAAAAAUAUGAUGAAAAUCAACUUAAAGAUGCUGAAGAAAGGCUUAAAAAUGCUAAAAAAGAAUUCCCUGAAAAAGAGUCUAAAUCUCUUGAAUCUCAUCAGACGUCUAUGAAGUCUCUCAAGAGUCUACAAAGCCUUUGUCAAUAUUGUGAUGAAGUUAGUAAAAUUGACAAAAAUAAUGAAAAUCCUAAAAAGCUUUUAGAGAGUCUUACUGAAGGCCUCGAAAAUUUUCUCGGCUACCAGGAUGGUAAUUACACCGGAGAGGGAAUUGUGUACUCGGACCUCGACAGGCUGUGCGACGGGGUGAUGUCUUUCCUUCAUGGUGUUCUUCAAAGUGUGAAAGAUGAUGAUAACGUUAAGAAAUAUGAUGAUUACAUCUCUAAUGAAGAUCAUAGACUUCAAAAAUUACUUGACUCUCUCCAAUCUUCCAUUGGCCAGGGACGCAGUGUCUUUGGUGAGCAGGUUAAAGAGGUAAGUGAGUGGCUUAAGAAAUAUUUCUUUCAGGUGGACACAUCUGCAAUCAAUGUCAUAUCUGCAUUAGGUGAGUUGAAUCAUAAUGUUUCUGAGAAAUACCCUGAGAAAAUUGAUGCAGGUGAGAGUCUGCAAGAACAGCUGAAGACAUGGACAGGAAUGGUCACCGCCAUGGAAACUCACAUUAACGACAACAUAAUCACUAAUGUUAAUAACUUAGACCCCGCACUUAGCGAUAAGAUAAUGCGUCAAAUUGAGCCCGUGCAAAAGGUGGUGGAGCACUUGGGGGGGGUGGCUGGGAAUGGCGGCCUGAUGGAGAAGGCAAGGAAGGUGGACAAUGAGUUGCUGCAGCAGAAGAAUGACGUAAUUAGUGCGAUUGAUUUGCAGACCCAUAUUGUGCAGGCAAUGUUGAAUGAAGGUUACAAGAAAAUAUCGGAUAAAAUUGUGAGUCUAAAAAAGAAAAGGAAAGAGAGUUUCGGGCACAUGAAAUAUGCUCUCAACAAAGCCAUGGGGGAAGCACAACACUUUUUGGAUAAUUUUAACAAUGAAUAUUGGACUCAAAUUCUUCGGCAUUUUAACGAUAUGGGAGGUGCAUUGGCGGAAGUUGACAAAGCUCAGAAUCCCACCGGUGACACAAACAAAUCAAAACUUAGAUAUGAAUUUGAAAAUUUCAAAAACUCUAUGGGAGCCUCAACUAUGAAGUUACAAAGCUAUGUGCUUGAGUUGGAGGAUUGGAUAGACAACACAAAAAGCUUCAUCGAUGGCAUAUCAAAGCAACAUGUUGAUGAAAUCGUAGAUGCGAUAGUUGGAAAGGAAAGUCGGGAAGAGGUGGACGCAGCACUCCAGCAGAUUGAUGUGGAGGCCGACUUGCUGAAUGGGCAAUUUAAUAAUCUAAAAGACAAGUUGAAUGUUGAGGUAGAGAAAGUGACGGGAGGAGGUGCAAAAAAUGGUCCGUUGUCACAGCUUAAAGCUCUCGCCACAACUUUUAAAAAUCAACUUGCAGUGCCGGAGACUGCGACUGCGAUGGACAAAUAUCUGGAAUUAGAUGUUUCGAGGAGCGAUGAUGGUCUAACAAGUAGGCUGCUGCGAAGUGCUACUACCGGCGACAAAGUCAACAGCCAACUCCUCCCACUCAUCAAAAAGGCGGCGGAUGCGGCAAUCAAGAAGCUACAGGAUGCACUGCAAGGUCCCGUCAUUAGCAAACUUAAUGAUGUAAACAACACAGUUACUGAUCUUGACAGGGAUGCUAAAGGGGCUCAUGGCGCGAUAAAGGAGAAAUCCGGUCGUAUCAAAUCUAAACUUGCUGAGCUCACCGUGGCAUUUGCUAACGCCGGUAAAGGCAUCAAGAAGGCGUUGCAGUUAUUGAAUGAUGAUAGUGUAGAAAAUCGUCUUUUAAAGCGAAUAAAACCAAAUCUUGACACCCUGCAAGCCAAAAAUUAUGAAGAGAUCUCCAAUGCUGCCGAAGCCAUAGAUCCAAUCGUCACCUCGCUGGAAUCCCUUCCAGAAGUUAUUGAAACGAAGAGGCAGGAGACGGAUGCAAAAGUUAAAGCGCUAAAAGAUACCAUAGACACACUUAAUGGUCAUUUCAAGCACAUUGAAUAUUUAGUUCGAGAAGCCGACUCCGCAUUAGAAAGGGUCAUCCAGUCUGUAGCUGACGCAUUAUCUGAAGCCUAUAUAGAAGCACAAAAUGCCAUUAAAACCCUUAAGAGCAAGAUACUAAUUUCCGCCAGAAAAGCCUUCUCCACCCUCACCUCCGCCAUCCGCUCCCUCUUCUCCGCCUCCCACACCGCCGACCUCCAGGCCCUGCGCGCGCUCGUCGAAACGCAACUGCGGGAAGUGCAAAACAUAAUCGCGCGGGACGCAGUCACGGGCGUGAAGGGGAUGCUGAAGGCGGUGAGUGGUAUGAAGUUCCAUAUAGAUAGAAACGGCCUUCCAGCUUUUAAAAACUAUGAUCAAAAUAAUAAUUUGCUUAACGAUAUUCACAAAGUUGUAACUUCAUUAGCUUCGAAAUCUCAGUCACCACUCACAGGUGAAACAUAUCGUACAACAUUCACAACAUUGUCUGAAAAAAUAAAAUCUUAUAUUGAUCCCGUUAUGAAUUAUAUCCAAGAUCAAGUAAAAACUCCGAAUAAUGAACAGUCUAAGAAAAUCCACAAUAUACAUAUUGACCUGGACGCUCUGCUUCACUACCUUCUUGACGACAAUGCGAAGCCUAAUCCAACUGACACUAAAAGUAAACGUACAUACAUUUUUGACCACCAUUCUGACAAAUUACUCUCCUCCCUUUCCUCUUCCAUCUCCGCCCUCUCCCCCUCCCACUUCCACGGCUUCCACAACCCGCUGCUCCUCGACGCCCUCAAGUCCGGCAUGUCCAAAUUCACCGAGCAACUCGGACACGCGUAUGUGAAUAACUACUCCGGGUGUAAGCCUGUGGAAAAAUGGGGAAAACCUAAAGAGAUUGACAAUCUAGAAAAACCUGGAGAAAAGAAAACUGUUACCGUCCUUUCCACCGAGGGCCGCAACUGCGCCAAGGUCUGCCUGACCAUACUGGAGGGGCUGCGUUAUGAGCUCGAUGGAUUGAGGAUAGGAUGUAAGAAUCCUAAAUUUAAAAGUACAAAAAUUCAUUCCGGUAAUAUUGAUGAUCCAGCGGGCACGUCGACGAAAAAGCCUAAGAAGCAAAUUAAAAAUCCCCUCGGAAAAGCCUUCGCCGACCGCGGGUAUAAUGUGGCGAGCGACGCGGACAAGCAGGACGGUGAAUUGCGCAAUACAGAUGAUUUCACAGGUCCGAAAAUUUACAAUGAUCUCCUUGUCUACAAACAUAGUAAUUCUCAUAAUCGUGAAACGUAUCAACUUGUUAGCGACGACGAUGAGAAGGCGAACAAGGAGAAACAUGGUGUCAUUAAGAAGCUAGUCGGCUACCUCAGAACAUAUUACGAAGUCACCCACCAUAAGUAUAUCCCUGGCGCAAAAGCGCCAUGUAACAUCAACCAAAUGCUCCAAUGGACCUCCGGCCUUCGGUGGGAUCCGAUGUAUGCCAAAAUUAGUGAGUACUGUAAGCAAUUGUUUCCUAAACCUGAGAAUGAUGGAGAUCUCUCCGCGUACAAAUUGGAAACAUCUGCUUCUAUCAUUACUGCAGCAUACGUACAGGCCGAAAUACGCGAAGUUUGCUACUACUCCCAAAAAGCUCUGAUCGCAAUUGUCGGCUACGGUCACGCUGACGGUACCUACGCCUGUGACUUCUACACAAACGAAAAUAAUUUACAUUACCCUAGUAACGCAUCUUCAUGCUUGUAUAUGUUAGUGGAUAUAUUGACUAGAGUCUGUCACCAAAUCCGUUUCGUAUAUAAGCAGUGUAACAACAGCGCUAAGAGCGGCGGUUGGUCAGAUUGCUGGUAUGGACAGGGAGUCGGUGGGUCAGCGUGGAACUGCAACACCAUGCAGUGUCCUGGCCAAGCGGGUGACCAAACGUGUAGCCAAAAGUGUGACGAACAUCCCAGUUGCGGCAUCAAGUCGCCGCUACAGUCAUUCCUUGAGGACGGACUGCAGGGCUUCCUUCCUCAUACCCUUACCAAGCUUGGUUGUGGAAUAGAAUGCUCACUUGGUAAGCACAGGGGUUUACCGUGUAAAACGCCUAUGGGUUUUAACAAUAUCGGCACCGUGGCGUCACGCAGUAGAACCGGCGAGCACAUCAAAAAUGUGCUCCACGAAUUUUGUGGCAAAGCGUAUAUGCCGCUCAGCCAAAUGUGUAACUACCUAGUAUGCCUAUUACCCAGUGCGCCGACAACGCUUGGUGACAUGUUUGGGUUCUAUUAUAAUUUGCUUAAUGACCUGAGUAAGAACAAAGAACAUAGGAUAGAUGCUUUCAACAAGGCAGUCACAAGUGCCAACUUCGAGGAGCCGACAACUCUGGACAUCACUCCGCUAUUCAAGAGCAGCGAACAUGGUGCCGGAGCAAACGUGAAACAUCUCACUGGUGAUCUCUAUUCUCUGGUGGAGUGCACGAAUAAAUCGAAGUCCACCGUUGGACAUCCUUGCGGUCCGUACUUGCGGCCGCUGUGCCGAGACGUGUCUGUAACCUUCUCAGUGAAACACGCAGCUAAAUACCUUUCAUGGGUUGUGUACACUACCGAAACGUUUCACUCAUUACUUAAGAAAUUGUACGAAGAGUGCAAUGGUAAUUGCGGCGCUGAGCAACCGAAGUGCCGUGUCAACAAAUGCAGUAAAGAGUGCACAGCGAACAAACUUCCCGCCGGUGCAGACUCCAAGCACAAUGAGUCAUGUGGUUCCAUUGUGAAGUGUCAAUAUACGCUUCCGACCCUGUUCAAGUUUGGGUUUGUACAUGAGAACAUUGAGAUGCUUUCUGACAACUCAAGUAAGCGGACGUGCAAGGAUCUUUGUACGGCAUUAAAUAAUGUCAUUAACGAAAAAGAAAAUGUAAAAGCUGCGCUUGCGGAGAUUAUAUACAGGACAAUUCCUGACUACCUAUGCAAAAUCAGAUUCCCAUUCAUGUCAUUAUUGUUAGCCCUCUGGUCGCUCUCGCUCCUGUACCUGCUGCACAUCACCGUCGUCCGCCUCGACGCCCUGAGGAUACGCUCCCACCUGAGAUCACCCGCAAGCCACCGCAUCGCCGCACAGUCCCUCCUCGCCGCCGCACGCGUCAAGGCACUCGCCAACGUCAAGUACUUCUCACCAUAA